AUGACACGGCGGAAGAAGGCGCGCACGCAGCGACAGAUACGCUCGUACGCGCGCUACGUGCGCUCCCUCAUGCGCACCAUACACCCCAGGAGGCGUAUUUCCAAGGCCGCCAUCGACGUCAUGGACUCCUUCCUGUCCGACAUGCAGGCACGUCUCUCGCUGUUAAAGCACCAAGUGGUGCGGCUGAGCGAGGAGGCGCGUCGGUUGUGCCGCAAGGCGGGCCGGCGCACGCUGAAGGCGUCGGACGUGUGCGCCGCGGUGCAGCUGCUUCUGCCAGGGGAGCUGGCGGUGCACGCGCGCCGCGAGGCGGAGGCCGCGCUGCAGCUGGCCGCCGCCAGCAGAGCCACGGCCGGCGACAAGGCGGGGGCAGCCACGACCGCCAGGACGCGCUCCCAGUCGCUGCCGCCCUCCUGA